GUUUGUUCGUUCUUUCUCUUCUUUUUCUGAGUAUUUAUUGUAACCCCCGCGAAAAACAAGGGUUUACUGUAUAUCAAAUAUUUAUCAGUAAAAAAAUACAUCUUUUCUUUUCAUCGUUUCUCUAACCACAAACCACUGUUCUAGAAGGACAAAAAAAAGGUAAUGUCUCCUGAGAUCUUUUAUUUAACAUAAUGAUAAUUAACACAUGAUAAAACCCAACCAAAAACACAGGAAAAACAUCAUACAAAUAUAUGUGAUUACAUGUAUAUAGAAUGGCAAGAAGCGGGUAAGAACAUGUCAGUGAUGACUAGCGACAGUCCCAACAGAAACCUAAGGUUGGAAGUUUUCGGUCUGUUCUUCAAUGAACGUUCAUCAGAGAUGAGCGCUGCGAUACCGGGCGAUUUAGCACACAGCUUGUCUUUUGACGUCUCCCCAGCAUCAGGAGCCAUAAUACAGCACAACAGGCAACACAAACCUUGAAGCGCAUUUCUGUUGUUGCACCUUUCGGUACACGCUGUUGUGUUGUCUAGUCUGGCAACCAAGCUGAACCUAAAUAGCUCCAGAAGAGAACCUCUCUGGCUUGUCUCCUCCUUUGUGUGUCUUUAUCUUGCACCCUAGAAAUGUUGUGCUUUUGUUGUGUGCUUGUGUAAACAAGGACUGUGUGAGAACUUGGCGAGGCGAAGCAGGUGGCCGCUCAGGCUUUACUGUCAUGAGUAUUAAGGAAAAACAGAACACAGAGAAGGGUCAGAGCACAGCUGCGUGGCCUGACCCUACCUUGAAUCUACUGCUGACUUGUUUGAGUUGGUGAAAUCUAGACAAGUGUGACAUGGGGACGGGCAUUAUAUUUCCUGAGAGUGUGUGUGUGUUUGUGUGGGAGGGGUUACGGUGGGGGUGGUGUUGAUGGGCUCAGGCCUCUGGCUGCUGUUAACCUUCAACCUGUCCGGUCAGGUGGGAGAUGAAGGACAGUGUUGUUUGUAUUGUACACGUCACGAUUGAGGCAGGAAAAACAAAACAAACAGUAAACAAACAGAAACUCUGACCUUUUGUUAUUAUCCAGGGUUUCUCUUUAAAUAUUUUCUUUGUUUUUCAAGCGGCCUCCCCUCGCCUUCCGAAAAACUAAAAAGUCAACAGUUCAGCCACUUCUUUCUUUCUAUAAGAAAUGUAUUUUUUAUUUAUAUUGAAAAAUACCCAUUCUUUAAUUAAGGCAUACGUGGGACUGGAAAGAUUUAUUCAGAUUUGUUCAGAACAGUCAUACCGUGUUGUUGUUUUUUUCUUGGUUACCAUUUAAUUCCAAUGUUUCACCAUCAGGAUGUCAAUAUGCAAAACAUAUAUUUUGUUUAUUUCCUGUGCUUCAACAUGGUGAAACUUUUCCUACAAAAAAAUUGCUCCUUGACUGAAAAACAUAAUGAAGCCACAUUAACUGAAAAACAAGCUUAAAUGUUUGAUGUUGUGAACAAGUUUAUUUCUACCAUAAUUAACACCUAACACAUAGAGCUGCGUUCGUUUUUGGUGUUUACUAAAAACGAAGAAGACUUGAAUUGAUUGCGCAGCAUAAUUGGCCCCGACGAGCAACUCAGGCGUCGCCGAUUUUUGCAGCAAAUCAUUUUAUUCAUGCGUUCUCUGUCGGAGAGCAGAAGAGGAAGCUUGCACUUACGAGCUGGAGCUAAUAUGUCUUUGGUUUAGAAGUACUUCGCAUUAAGCCAUGGAAGUACUCUACUCAGUAUUUGUACUAUGUCUAACAGUAAGGUUGACUGUGACCUAUUAACUAUAGUAAUAGGUCACCUCAUUUAAAAGAUGAGUAUUGAGUAUUGGAUUAAGAUUCUCUCUUCAGUUCAUUUUGAUUCCACGUCGAUUUAAAAACAUAAAAUCCAUGAUCGACCAAAUAAGUGUCUGAUAAAUAAUUACUGUUAUAACAGUCUCCAGACUUUUGUUAUAUAUAACGUAGAUACUUCCUUGUGUACCUUCACUGACGACAACUUCAAUGUUAAUCUCCAGCCUUUAUAUAACAGUGAUGAGCUCAUUCAGAUAAAAAUUCUCUUUCACACAGUGAAUGUGGACAGAGCCGGCAGCAGCACUGUCUCCGUAGGUUCAUCCUUUCUUAAUAAGAAACUCCCUUUUCUCCAGCGUCUCUUUUGUAUGUUGUUUUAUGUCCAAAUGUUUAUGUUGGGAGCAUAAAUAGUUUGUAACCACAGUAAAAAUGCCUCUUUUAGCACAACACUUGACCCAUAAUUAUGUCUGAAUUUGUGCAUGUUGUAUAAAUGGAACAGAUGGAAAAGCUGCAGCUUUUUGAGUCAUCAUGGACGAGGCUAUCCCCUCAGGAAAAAGGAAAAUAAAUAGAUGGAUAAACAAGUAAAGGCCAGGUCAUGUGACCAGACUGUGGCGUCCAGGCCAUGAUGGCGGUGUCCCUGCCUCAGUGCUUCUCAGAUUAAUAUUGUUAUCAGCACAACCCUAAUAAGGCUCUUUCCUAUCUGCUUGAUAUUUAUGAUGGAUAAUAGCCAUUUUUCCAUUUUCUUUAUUCCUCUGAUUUUUUGCUGAUGAUAUUGCAGGUUUGAAUUAUUAUGUGGUGAAAUUAAUGAGAAGCUAGAUUUAUGGGUUCCAUUUGUUUGUCAAUUUGGAAAUUAAUUGGGUGUUAAUUUUAACCGUCCCCUCAUCAGUGCCGGUACCGAGCAUGUGUGCAUUACUUUGCAUUCAUUGAGGCUUUUUUCUCCCUCCUUCAUUGUGGGUCACUAGUUUUGCAUACGUAAAAAUAGUCCCACGGCUCAUUCUCUUGAUGACUUUGGGAGAUGCUGUGCAUUUGGAAAUUUACACUAUUCUGUUAUAAUCUACACAGAAUGACAGUGCACGUAUAAUAGCUAUUACUUUCUCUCCUUUUAUGUUUCAUUUGAAAAAAAGAAAAUAACCCCCGUGCAUGGAGAAAUGUCUCUUAUUAUUUGAAAAUUAAAUGAGGUGAAUAACACCAGCACACAGUUUAUUUCAGAAGACAUUUAAUUUGGCCUUUAAAUGUGAUAGGUGUCUCAGAUGGGGAGGUGGUACAAGGAGCAGCCUGUAGAUGGAGUCGUGAGUGGCUCCAAGCCAUCCCUGUAUUUCUCUUGCUUACCUCUCAUAUAGAAAAUCCCUUAAUGUUGGAAAUGUGUGCCAGACUGGAGAGGUGAGGCAGGUCAACAUCUGUCUCCAGUUCUAGCCCAGAGAACCCCGGGUCGGCCGGCAGAACAUACUGGAGCUGCUCAGACAGACAGAGUGCGGCCUGUACUUUGACCAAAGUUUCACAUGACAAGUCUAAUUUUUGCAAGAGAAAAGUUUUAAACCCAAGCUAAAAAAAAAAAAAAAACCAGCACUGGAAACCUAAAAAUGCAUUCUAACUCUCAUGGAUCUUUAUCUAACUAGUGUUUUUGGUGGAUCCACUGACACAUUAAUACAUAUUUUACAUUAUACAUUAUGUUAUUUAUCAGCCACAUACAGGGAGUCCUUGACUUCCAUUUAUCCAUCCAGAAGAAAACUACUGUAGACUUAGUCCAACCUUUUCACAAUAUGUCGCUGCUUUUUUCCCACUUUUAUUAGAAUAGUUUUCCACUUUGUAGAUGUUUUCUUUUCCAUUUCUAAAAUAGUCAUUUGUGGAAGAAAAAGUCUCAUUAUUGUCUAAUAAUCCUUAGUCUAGACUCUUGUGUCACCUACUGUACAUGCACUGUGUUGCUGUAUGGCAAGUUGUCAACCUCAAUUUCCUUUCAGUCUGACUGUGUGUAUCCCUAUGGUGUCGUUAUGUGUGUGUGUGUGUGUGUGUGUGUGUGUGUGUCUGCGUGUCUGCAUCUUGUUUGGAUCUGAUACCUCUGGCAGCGCUGUGCCCCUGUCGUUGAACACACAUUAACUCACAUUGGCCCUCCUAUUACACGCCCUAAGCGGAACACCAUAAAUCUGCAUUUGCUUCCAUUUUCACCUUCUUUCAUGAUGAGGCCCAGUGUUUUAAAGGCAUUUAUUCUGCUUCAUAUAAAUAAUUAAUCAGCCAAGUUAAUUUGCUUCUGCCUGACUUGGUCAGCUUCAUUAACCACUAUGGAAUUGUUAGACUACAAGCAGUGCAUCAGCAAGGGCCGACAACCAGUGCACAAUAGCUCUAAAUCAUUUCACUGAUUUGCGGAAAACAUGGCUCACAUAAGCACUGGUGUCGCCGUGCACUUGACCUGCAGGGAGACAGGAGGGGGUUGGGCCGGUGUGUCUGUCUGGCUAUUGUGUACCCAUCAGCAGAACAGAGUGUCUAUAAUGUAAGGUAAACACAUUGUUGUCAGAUUUUGGGGCAGGUGGUUAAAAUCCUUAAAUUUGCUUUUUCUUUUUCUUUUGAUGAUACAAAAGGUUAGACUUGCUUAUAAGUUUAAUUUAAAAAUUUUGUAAUUAUUUUCGAUGCAGAAGAAAGUCAGGAUUUAGAUGAAAAUGUCACCAGGAUUCCCUCAGCUUCUUUGUGUAGUAGACUGUGUCAUAGCUAUAUAUUUUAGAUUUUAAAAUGCGUCACUUAGACCUAAAAAAGCACUGGCAGAAAAUAGACUACUUUUGUCAUGUUUUUGAUACAGUCGCUAAAAAGAAUGUAAUGUAACGUCAAACUGUGGUGCCAAUGUUUGUAUGUUAUUCUUUUGAGUUAGAUUUAGUUAUGAAAAAUAACAUUUUUGUGUAACAGCUCAAAGGGGUUUGUUUAUACUCGGUCCUGUAUUUUGGUGUUAAUUGAGCAGCCCUGAAGGAUUUGACUGUUUUUUUGCCUGACCUCAGAUUGGCUUUUUCUCAUGGAGAUCCUUUGGCAGGCCUCACACAGUCGCCCUGUUUCCCAUUAAAAAGCUAUUCUGCCGUGGUUCUUCUGGGAGCCGUGCGAGUAAAUAUAUCCAUUUCCAUAGAAAGUGUUUUGUUUUUGGACUUGCAGUGUUUUCUUGGGCUCCUCUGCUCUUGCUCGGAGCAGGUUGGGUUCCUCUCAGAUGUGUGCUGGACCCCGGACCCCUCCCCACGUUCGACUCUCAAUGGAAAACACAAACAAAACCUGAGUCCUUCUCACUUUUCCCCGACCCAGUAUGGACUUGUCAUCUGCCAAAGGUCUGCACCGGAAAAAGACAAAACAAAGAAGCAGUUCAUUGCUGUGUUGGAGCUGCAGUCUGUGGGAGAAUGUGUUUGCCUCACUGCGUACGCUACACACAAACAAACAAGACACUGGGACGUACAAAACUGAGGAGGAAAUCUGGAAUAAAAGUGAAAUUGUGUGGGAAGGAUAUGGCAGAUGUUUAUAGUUUGGCCCAGCACUGAAAUGCGACCUCACCACUGCAUGUUUUAACAGCUGCUUCUCUCUCCGUCUCUGUCCCCUGUCUUUUCCCCCUUUCUUCUUUCAGGUUUUUUAAGUCAUGAUGCAAGAAUCUGGGGCGGAGGCAACCAGCAAUGGACCGGCCAGCCAAAAUGGAGCAGCAAGCCUGGAGGGAGGCUCCAGGGAGGGACGACACAAGAGCAACACGCCGUUGGUGGAAAUGAGCGCGGCUGAACUUUUGCAUCUCCAGCAGCAGCAGGCCGUCCAAGUUGCACGGCAGAUACUCCUCCACCAACAGCCGCAAUCUCAAUCGCAUCAGCUGCAGCCUCAACAAAACACUGGCCGCAAAUCCCCCACAGCCACUGAGAAGCAGCAAAGUCUACAGGUUCCAGUUUCAGUGGCUAUGAUGACACCUCAAGUGAUAACUCCACAACAGAUGCAGCAAAUUCUUCAGCAGCAAGUCCUGAGCCCUCAGCAGCUCCAGGUUCUUCUCCAGCAGCAACAGACCCUCAUGUUGCAGCAGCAGCAGCUCCAGGAAUUCUACAAGAAGCAGCAGGAACAGCUGCACCUCCAGCUACUUCAGCAGCAGCAUGCAGGCAGCAAACAAGGCAAAGAGGUGUCGGCGCAGCAGCUGGCCUUCCAGCAGCAGCUCCUCCAGGUCCAGCAGGUCCAGCAGCAGCACCUACUCCACCUUCAGAGACAAGGCCUGCUCACGAUCCAGCCCGGACAGACCGGCCUGCCGCUUCACUCGCUCACUCAGGGCAUGAUUCCAGCCGAGCUGCAGCAACUGUGGAAGGAGGUGACGAACGCUCACGUGAAGGAGGAGCACCACAACAGCAGCAACAACCAUAGCAACAGCAACAACGGCCACCGGGGCCUUGACCUGUCCUCCCCGACCACGCCAAAGAACCCACUUGUUAACCAGCAAUCCUCUACCAACGGGCAGUACAUGAGCCACAAGAGAGAAGGGUCCACAUUAGAAGAGCCCUCCCCUCACUGUCACCCACUCUACGGUCACGGCGUCUGCAAGUGGCCCGGAUGUGAGGCCGUGUUUGAGGAUUUCCAGUCUUUUCUCAAACAUCUGAACAAUGAGCACGCCCUGGACGACAGGAGCACGGCCCAGUGUCGGGUGCAGAUGCAGGUUGUCCAACAGCUGGAACUGCAGCUAGCAAAAGACAAAGAACGUCUGCAAGCCAUGAUGACACACCUUCACGUCAAGUCCACAGAGCCCAAAGCCACGCCACAGCCGCUCAACCUGGUGUCCAACGUCACGCUGUCCAAGUCGGCCCCCGAGGCCUCUCCUCCUCUGAGCCUGCCCCGGACUCCGACCACGCCCACGACGCCACUCACACCGAUGUCCCAGACCCACUCCGUCAUCACAGCCAACAGCCUGCACAGUGUGGGGCCCAUUCGACGGCGCUACUCAGAAAAGUACAACAUGCCCAUUUCUCCAGAUCUUAGUCAGAACAAAGAGUUUUACAUGAAUGCAGAUGUUCGACCACCGUUUACGUACGCCUCCCUCAUCAGACAGGCGAUCCUCGAAUCUCCCGAAAAGCAGCUAACACUAAAUGAAAUCUACAACUGGUUCACGAGAAUGUUUGCAUACUUUAGGCGCAACGCAGCAACAUGGAAGAACGCAGUCCGGCAUAAUCUUAGUCUUCACAAGUGUUUUGUGCGAGUAGAAAACGUUAAAGGUGCUGUGUGGACAGUCGACGAAAUAGAGUUCCAAAAGAGACGGCCUCAGAAGAUCAGUGGAAGUCCAGCCUUGGUGAAAAACAUUCAGACCAGCUUAGGUUAUGGUUCGUCCCUCUCUGCUGCCUUCCAGGCUUCAAUGGCAGAAAACAACAUACCUCUAUACACUACUGCUUCCAUUGGAAGUCCUACCCUCAACUCACUGGCCAACGCCAUCCGUGAGGAGAUGAAUGGAGCGAUGGACCAUGGCAACAGCAACGGCAGUGACAGCAGCCCAGGACGCUCACCGCUGCCAGCUAUGCAUCACAUCAGCGUGAAGGAGGAACCACUGGACCCCGACGACCACGAAGGGCCGCUCUCCCUCGUUACCACAGCCAAUCACAGUCCAGAUUUUGAUCACCACAGAGAUUACGAUGACGACCAAGGCCAUGACGACAUGCUGUAAGGCAGGCGCCAGAAAUUUGCCGAUUCCCUCCUCCCACCAUCUUGGACUUCCUCCCCUCUCAGCCUGAGAGGCUGGGGUAGUGAGGACCUUCAGGGAGACAGAAGGAGCUCCCCAGCAGGUUACAAACAGUGAACUGCAGCCUCAGCUCAGAAGUGUCCACUUUUUAGUGCCAUUACCACAUAGCAAAAAGACAGGGGGGGGGGGUCACAGAAAAAAACCACCACUGGUCUCUGUUCCCCUCUGAUUCCUUUGUACUUUUCAUUGACCUGAAACUUAAAAAAAAAAAAAAAGAUGAACCUCUCAUUUUUACUCAUGUGGUCUUGUUUGGUACAAGGAGAGUUGGGUGAAGAAUUGUGAGGCAGACUCUGGGAGAUGCCCUUCACCAUGAAGCUGGGAUGCACUGCAUUCUACAGACUGCAAGAACGGUGGGCUCUCCCCUCCACCCACCCACUCACUCACCCAACCCCCACUGUCUUUUGGCUUUUUGUUUUCGCCCUUGGUCUGUCUUCCUCUCUUCUUCUCUCGGACACACACUUUUAACCACAAACUGAGGAGAGGGGGGUGGGGUGACUGACGUUUCAUUUCACCCGGUGUGUGUGCGUGUGUGUGCGGACUACACUCUGUUGUUACUGCCUUCAACACUUGACGUUGGUUUAAAUCUAUCUGGGGUCACUGCUGGGGGAGACGUUGGUUUUAUUUUGGUGUAUUUCAUGUUUUUGGGGUUGGUUUUUAAUUCUCCAUCAUUCAGUGCUGUUUCCAAGGACGAUUAGAGCCACAGAGAAAAAACAACAACAACAUCUUUAGUCUCUGUUUCUCCUCAGGUUGUUUUGGAUUUAUUUUUAAUCACAAUCUCUAAAAACCUAAUUAGUUCUGACAUUAAAAUUAAUUUAAGAGUUAAAAUUUUGACUUUAUUGACAGUAUUUUAGUAAAAGCUGAAGUGACUUUUUAUCAGAUGAAAUCAAGUUAGAUGAAUUUGUUAUUUAAAUAUUGAGUCAUAAUUUUAAGCAGAAAGGUCGUAAUUAUAGCUUUAAAGUCAGAAUACUGGGGUUUAUUCGUACUGUGCAAAAGUUACGGCAGCCUUUCCUUUUUAAAGGGUAAGUAACAAAAAUCAGUUGUUUGGUAACAUUGAAGUGUAAAACCAAACACAGCUGUUUUUUUGUGUGUGUGCGCUGACUGAGGGCUCAGCCUUGCAGCCCCCAUCACUGGUGCUCUCGGCUGCUGGACUGUGGAGCUCCGACCUGUGACAGCUUCUAGGCAGGGAGAUUAAAAUCAUAUUUUAAUUGAAUCAAUCACUAGUUAAUUCUCCCAAAACAAACAUUCUUUAUUCUGGUUCUUUACUUUUCUUUACAUACUGAGGAAAUGUAGCUGCAAAAAGAUGGAGGUUUUACAGAAAUUGUGUAUACCGCCUAAAACUCCUGCACAUUCCUGUAUUUAUUUUUUUUUUAACCUUUGAGUCAGAAUAUUUCACUUCUGCUUCAGAGUUCAGCCCUUAAAUAAAAAAACUGAGAUUCAAGCUUCAAAUUUAGAAUUAGAAAAAAUUUGAAUUCGUGAGGAAUAAAAUAAAAUAAAAAUCCUGACAUUUAACCUCAAACUCUACUCUUCCGUGAUAGAAGUCAGAUGUGACAUCAGGACUUGGUGUCCACUGCUGGGAGACUCUGUGUACAGCACUUGAUGAUGAAUGUUUGUGUUUUGUUUUUUUUAACCUUUUCUGCUUCUUUUGAUUACAGACAGUGUCAGACACACUGCUUGUUUUUUUAUUCUAAAGUCAUCAACAUGGGUAAAAAAAAAAACAAAACCUGACUCCACUCUGACAUGUAGCCCACCCUCCCCCCCUCCUUCUCAUGAAGUUCACUGGCGAUGCACUACUCAUAAUGAAGGCUCUCUCCACGCAUCAAUGAAGCUUAAUUUAAGAUGUGAAUGAAUGACAGAGAAAUCAUGCAGGUUAUGGUUUAUCCUGAUGAAAUUAGACUUUAAAACAGGCCUCACCACAUGAGCAUGCUGAGCUGCAACACAAUGUCUGAUCACCUACAAGCUGCAGGGUUUUUUUUAACUACAUCAAAUGAAAAUGUCAGGUGUGCACAGGCGAGAUAAUGAUUUAGACCAACUAAUUGUGAUUUCUGAACACAACUGUCACUGUUAAUCAAACUGUGUCUGCGUUUCCACUCCGUGAUUUCAUUCAGAGCCGGGAGAUAAACGUGCGCUCCCUCUGAUGCUUUAUUUGUCUCCCACACACCACUGGUUUUUAGAUGCCAGUGAUUGUUAAUAAUUGCACACACACACCAGAUGAAAACGCUCUCCCUCAGUGUUCCCAAACCUGCAGUCAGAAUCUCACGUCGCACAUUCCGGUGUCUGACAGCCGUCAUUCAGGGCCCACUGUUUGCCCCCUGACCCAACGUGAAGUUUCAUGUCACAAUAAAAAGCUUUGAGACAAAGCAAAAAAAAAAAAAAAAUUCCCAAAUUGUUAAAGUAAUAAAAUGUAAAGAAAACCAUGAGCAUCAAGACUGCAAUCAACCACUUUUCCUUUUUUAUUUAUUAAUCCUAAUUAUUUUAUGGAUUUCUUUGGCUUUAUUUGUUGUUCAUCUGUUGAAAUACCUUGUGCUGUUACUACCAAAGAUAAAGUACCGAUUAUCAAUGUUGUGUUCCAUUCAAUGGCAGCAGCAGUGAAUCCAUGUCAGACUGAAGUGAGGGAAUUGUUUUCAUGUCGUUUAAACCAAAGUGGAGUCUGGAACAGGACAGUUGUAGUUGUGGUUUGCAGUGACCAAAUUUGCCAGUCUGACCAUCGUGAUUUUGACCAAAUGAGGAAAAUUGUUGUUGUUUGUGGGCCAGUGAGUGGAAAAGGGAACAUAAAGGGUCCGUACUGUAGAUGGCGCUGAUGAGGGAAAACAUCCUGGUUAAUAAGGGACGAGGAGAAUAAUGUGAAACAGUCCGAUGACUUCAUCCACUGUUGUUCCUUCACGCGUCUGUAUCCCUCAUUGAUUGUAUGCCACUUCUUUGGGAUUUUAUUGGAAACGAGGGAAGACUUUAUGAUUGUGUUUUUUGUUUUUUUGUUUUUUUAUAUUGAAAAAACACUCCUGUCAACUAAUAAGCUGGGUACAAGGUACUUAAUUAUGGUUAUUGUUAUUAUUAUUGUUGUUUUGAGAAACUUAUUGCAAAUAAAUUACAAGCCCCAUUUCCCAGAAAGGUUGGUAUUGAUGAUACAAGUGCAACAAUUAUCAAAAUGAUUCAUUUCAGUAUCGCUGCUCAGUUAAAGGGAAGAAGAAGAGACUCAAACGUACGUUUGUUUGUUCAACAUCAAGUCGUUUAUAAAUUGUUACCUACAAAACAUUUCAAAACUUGGGACAAAGACAAGUUUACUACUGGUCACAGCCAGUAUUACAGCGUACUACCUUGGAGAUUUUCAAGAUGUUUUUUUUCUUUUUUUUCUCUCUUUUACAAACAGUGUAACAUUUUUGAUCGAACACAGAUCUACACCGCAGGCAGACCAGUCAAAGGCAACCCUUUAUACUUAAGACUGGUGCAUUGUGAAGCUGGCCAUUGUCCUGUCAGGAGCCUCUGAGUGUCAGCUACUGUGAGGAAAAGUUUCAGUUACAGUAACUGUAAUUGUAGAAAGUCAAGAACAGAUUAACAUUUGGACUCCAAACGUAUCACAGACCUGUAGGACUAUCACAGUAGAAGCUGGGUUCUAAUGCACCUCAAGGCCUGGAGAGUUAGCAGACUCAGCAGUGGUUUUCAUCUUUUUUCUUUACUCUCAGAUAUUUCUCCUGACUCCCUGGAUUUGUUCCCAGUUACUGUUUUGCACUCCCCACCACCUCCUGCACAAUUCGUCGAUUUACUUAUCUUUUCUGGCAGAGACUCAAACUUUUUAAAACUGAAAUGUUUAAUAUAAGACAUUUUUUUAACCCAACCUGUUUUUUGUCCCAACAUUUUUGCAGUAAAUUUCAGCAUCAAUUUAUCAAUGAACAGUCUUCUUCUUCUGUACCCUGCUGUCUAAUUAGUAAUUACCAAACUGCUGAUUGGAGAUUCUGUUGCAUUGGGAAAAAAAGUCUUCCAACGUUUGGCAAAUGGGGUCUGUACAAAGAAAAAGGGCGAUCUGUGGUUUCCAGAAGAUUCAUUUAACAUCCCGGCAGCUGUGGGAUGGGUCACUUCCAGUCAGGCUAAGAUCGUGAGAACUGGCCCAGGCUUGCCCACAAACCCCCUGGUCCUGGAGCUGGUCUGUUUGGUAUUCUGAGAAGAAGGAAAGCGCUGGUAGAUUAGAACAUUCUCAGCAUCUGUAUCCCCACAUUACUAAAGAUAACAGCAUGAGAAAAACACGUGAGGGCCCAUACAUCAUUUCAAACCUAUGGGGACUGAUUUAAUUAAACCAGAAGAGACGUUGAAAACCAUUUCACUGGAUUACACUGCAUGUGUAGCUUCAAAUCGGAGCUUAUCCAUGUAAAGAAUGUAUUGUUUCCUUCACCACUAGAUCCUCACUCAUGCAGCCCCGCGUGACCCAGACCUCUGUGUCGUAUCUGUUCAGUUUUUCUGCCAUUCCAAUGUUAGGUUGUACAUACCUGCCAGUCAAACCCUCCGUCUUCUCCCUGUUGUUCCCCGCGGGUUACUUUUAGAUUUUGAAAAAAAAUACAUUUGUAUUAUGAUGUUUGCUUUGUCACCACUGCUUUUAUAUGACCAUGGAAAUAGCUACGUGACAAACUGCUGUAUGUAAAGGAAUGGCAAACUGAUUUGCAAAUGUAUUUUAAAUUUUGAAUCCCAGAAGAAGAAAAAGAAAAAAAAAAUCCCCUUUCAUUCUCAAGGACGUGUGGGUGAGCAGGGCACGGGUUUAUUCCCCGUUUUGGAUUUUAUUCUGUAAUAUAGACAGACCUUUCUCUGUUAUCAGUGACAUAAGCAUUUUUGUACAGAUGAUUUUUUUUUUCUUCUUUUCCCCUCCGUAUUUUUUACACUUCCUUUUGAUGAUCCACCUCCUGCCGUCUGUGGCUUGUAUGUUAAAGAUAAACUGCUCUGAGAAAAAAAAAAAUGAGAGAGAAAAAAAAAGACAGAGCAGACAGGUAUAUUUCCUCUACUAGACGGGGAUGUUGUGCAUGACUAAUCCCAGGGUCACAGAGAUGUGAGGAAGGGGAGGGUGGUUCAAGCAGUCAGUAAUAAUGUAAGGUUGUAUCAUUCUAAUGAUAAUUUAUAUUAAAUGAAUAGGAAGCAGAAAGACAAAUAUGCAGUGCCAAGAUGUAAAGAAUAUUGUUAAAUGCUUUUUUUUUCUCGUCGAAAUGCUGUUUGUUCUUUUUUGGGGUUUUUUAAAUGAAAAUAUAUCUCAGUUUGUGUGCAUCAAAUACAUGUCCCUCAACACUCAUUCAGAUAUUUAUAUGAAGAUUUUUCUUGUAGAGACUACAAGGCCUUGUGCACUGUGGCCGUCUGUGGUGUCAGAACCCGAGCUCAUUGUCUCCACCAUCACCAACCAUCCAGCCUGCUGUCAUAUGUCUCAUUGUCUCACUUUUUUUUUCUCUUCCAUGCUGAGGGUGGAGGGAGGAUGAAGCAGCAGCAGCCGCUGAUAAAGAAGAGCUGUCACGGCGCUCUCGUCCUGCAGCAGCUUGUCUUUCUUUCUCUGUCUUUCUUUCUUUUUUGAAGAUGUACUUUGUUUUGGUUUUUUUUUUCAUUUUUUUAUAAAAAGAAUUAUUGCUCAUGGUUUCCAUCAGUCUGUAACCUCAUCAUUCCUUGUCUGUGAGACGCAGACCCCUCUGUUGUAGUCAGCAGCAAAGACUGACGUGAGCAUUCUAAACAUGCAAUAAAGAAAAUGCUGGUUGUUUACAUUUC